UUCCCUCCACACACGUCGUCUCGUACCCAGGGUGCCAGGCACACGUGACCCCGGGAACGACGCGCCCAUGUUGCAUUGUGGGCGGAAGUUACGUCAUCAGACAACACGAUGGCGAUCCCCUUGUCGAGUAUCUUGCCAGCACCGACCCAGCUGACGAGGGAGGAGGUAGACUACCGGGAACGGCUCCAUGUUCCCCAGACACAGCUGAUGGUGGCCGGGAGGGCGUCGGCUCCCCCCUACGGACACCGACAAGGAUGGGUCCCUCGUUCUGCUGAGGACUUUGGUGAUGGAGGUGCAUACCCAGAGGUCCAUGUGGUCCAGUAUCCCCUGGACUUGGGCAGGAAGAAGGCGAAGGCUUCUAACUCACUCGCCUUACAACUGGACGCAGAGGGCAAGGUCAAGUACGAUGCUAUCGCAAGGCAGGGCCAUGGAAAGGACAAGGUGGUACACUCCAGGCUAACAGACAUGAUCCCCAAACACAUCACUGAUGAGGACGAUCCUGAGCUACAGAGACCCACAGAAGAGGAUGUGGAAGAGACCACAGAAAAGACACGACAGGCACUAGAGAAGCUGGUGGAGUCAAAGAUCUCAGCGGCCAUGCCAGUCCGCAGGGCGGAGAAAACAGCACCUGCACAGUACAUCCGCUACACACCGUCCCAACAGGGCGUCGCUUUCAACUCUGGUGCCAAACAGAGGGUGAUCCGAAUGGUGGAGAUGCAGAAGGACCCCAUGGAGCCACCCAAGUUCAAGAUCAACAAAAAGAUUCCCCGGGGACCACCCUCCCCACCUGCACCAGUACUCCACUCACCAAACAGAAAGGUGACAGUGAAAGAACAGCAGGAGUGGAAGAUCCCACCGUGCAUCUCCAACUGGAAGAACAACCGAGGUUACACCAUCCCACUGGACAAGCGCCUGGCAGCGGACGGGCGCGGGCUGCAGGGGGUCCACAUCAACGAGAACUUCGCCAAGCUGGCCGAAGCUCUGUACAUUGCUGACAGAAAGGCUCGUGAGGCUGUGGAGCUCCGUGCACAGAUGGAGAAGAAACUGGCCCAGAAGGAGAAGGAGAAGAAAGAAGAGAACUUGAGACUUCUGGCCCAGAAGGCUCGAGACGAGAGGGCAGGGAUCAGGACACAUGCUGCUGUUGAUGAAGAGAAGGACGCGAGGGAGAGAGAUGCACUGCGACAUGAGCGCCACAAAGACCGACAGAGAGACAGAAACAUCGCUAGAGCUGCACCUGACAAAAGAACCAAGCUUCAGCGUGAGAGAGAGCGUGACGUGACAGAAAAGAUAGCCCUGGGUCUGCCGCAUGUUGGUGGUGGAACAGGGGAGACACAGUACGACCAGCGGCUGUUCAACCAGAGCAAGGGAUUAGAUAGUGGCUUUGCAGCUGGGGAGGAUGAGAGCUACACAGUGUAUGAUAAGGCCUGGCGGUCAGGUGCCAACAUGGCACAGAACAUCUACCGACCCAGUAGGAAUGUAGACAAGGACCUGUACGGGGACGACUUGGACAAAAUCAUCAACACCAACAGGUUUGUGCCAGACAAAGAGUUCAGUGGAACAGACCGCGGCCGGCGGCGCGAGGGGCCCGUACAGUUCGAGCGCGUGGAAGAAGAGGAUCCCUUCGGUCUGGACAAGUUCUUGACGGAGGCUAAGAAGGCUCAAAAACGCCCAGCCGACGAGGCCGGUCGGUCGCGGGACUACGAUUACGACAGGGGCAGGAAGGAGCGAAGAAAGGAGUAGAAGUGCUGUGAACAUGUGAACACAUUUUUGUAGUGUUUGACAUUUUCAUGAUAUUAUUAGUACAGUAAGAUUGCUUCCUAUGUUGUGGUUCCUGAUGUGAACAUGUACAUAGCAAGGAGGUUUGGAGGGGGGGCAUUAAACUAGAGGAUUAUCAUUACUCAUUUUACCAUUAUAUGUCAAUGAAGGUUAGACAUCCAGGUGAUAAGAUACGAAAAAAAAAAGAAGUUACUCAAGCAACUGGAAUUGCAACCGAAAUCAUAUCCAGAUACUUGAGUAACUGCUUUUGGGCACAUUUUACCAUUAGGCCCCAAUGAAGGGAGGCUGCAUAAUACACUUAAUGUAAAUGUGUGAGAUCUCUAGAAACUUGUGGGACUAACACUUGUACAAGAAUACCCGUACCACUACUGUGGAGCACUACUAUUUAGGAAACAUGUACCCUAUGACUGACUGUGGUCCUUGUACUAAGUUGUAGUAUUUGUGUUCCUUUCCCCAGAAUGUACUAAAUAUGGCGAUUUUCCUGUCAGUAUUUCCCUGGCAUACCAGGAACAGCAUGUAACCUCUCUGAUGUGAUCAUGAACCACCCACUACAGUAAUUUUCCAAGUUCUUACAAAACCAGGACUUGUUUAGAUGUGUAUUUUCUAGUCUAGACCAGUAAACAAAAGUUUUCAGUACUUUGUAGACAUGUUUGUUGAUAAAGAUUUGUUUACGUAGCAUUAUUUGUACUCACAAAUCAUUUAAUGUAUUCGCAAGGCCAAUUUAUUUCAAUUUGCCCAUAUACAUGUACGUUGACUAUUAACUAUUGUAGAUGACUAUUACAAAAAUAAAAGCUUUGACAAUGUUGGAUAUUUCCCAGUAAAAAUUUCAGGAUUAAAGGACUUGAUGUGGCCUUAGAGAUUAAAAUUAGACUGAACAGAUUUGUAUGUAGUUAAACAAUCAAUGAACAUUGUGUAAUGUACUUAUCCUUAUUCUUAUCUUUCUUUCACUAAUAUUACUGGUCAUUAUGUCC